AUGAAAAUAUUAAGUAAAAAUAAAAGAAGGAGAAAGAACGAAUUACAAGUGAAAUAUAAAGAGAUGAGAGAUGAAAAGACUUCGACAGUCAUAAGCUUGAGAUUAAAAUAGUAUUAGAAUCUAAUAUAAAUUGAAGAAUAAAUGUAGUAUAUCUAAACUUAAUGA